CAAAGAAGACACUCGUCAUGAAGAAGCUGACCAAGAACGCGGCGUUGAAGAAGCGGCCGCCUGGAAAUUUAAAGAGCAACGGAAGGUGGCUUUGGCUAGGCAUCCUCGUCGGCAACAAGAGCAAGGAUAACAAGCCCAGAGGGUUCGAGGAGAUCAAGGACACCGCGCAGUCGCGCGCCCGCAAGGCCACAAUGGUGGCGCGCGACGGGUGGGCCCCCACUGAUGCCGCGGUCCAGGAGUUAGGCCACGAGCGCCCCUUACCUGUUCGCCACGAGGGGAACGUGUGCCUCGACAAAGAGACGGGCUUCCACACCAAGGACGCUGAGAGCGAGAAUUCCAGGCUGAUGGCGUGGAACCGCUGGCGGCGCGGGAAGCUGAACAUCACCCUGGGCGACAUGGGCGAAUGCGUCUACUACAUCAACGUGGGCAGCGGCGUGGGGAAAGUCCUGGAUGGUCUUGCGCACUCGAAUGACUUCGCUGCGAAGAAUCAGCUUCUCGGAUGA